AUGGCACGCAAGGCCCGAGGCCGAGCUAUAUCCCCCACACAAAGUUCUCCAACUCCUGCGACACUGGCUGCCGCAGCACCGACCUCCGCCAACACUGUGCCACGUCAGAACACGCGUCGUUCAACACGGCUGCGCGACCCGGGCUCCGGCAACACACUCGCCAUUUCAGCCUCUGCAGACAGUCCACCAGAGUCGAACACAGAAGUGGUCGAAGUGACCACUACUGUUUUAGACCAGGCUGGCGGCUUCGAACCGCCUGCAGACGGCGGACCUCUCAUCCCUCAGACGACCCUCAAGUCGUCGACAGGCCGAAAGCGCAAUAUAUCUGCAGACCUCGAGAAAAAGUCGAACUCACCUAAGCCCCGCAAACAACGGAAGCAGUUGUCUACGGUUCCAACAGACUAUCAGCAUCCGUACAACACGCGACCGGAGAACAAGGAUACGCACCCAGCUGCCAAAGUCGGGCUGUACAAGAAGUCGCCUGAAGAACUCGAGGACGAACGGAAGCAGAAGAAAGCGGACCAAGACGAGCUGGAGAGGCUGAAGGCCGAGAUUGCGCGAAUGCACACUGAGAGGGUUGCACUGGUUGCUGCUCUUGAGGAUAAGCGUGAGCUAGAGGACCUGGAGAACACGGAGAUGCUUGCAUCCCGCACGCUUCCGGGUAGCAAGCUUUUCCCACCGAACCCUCAUCUUCACCGCAACACCGGAGACACAUUCGGGGACCUCAAUGCUGGCACAGAGCUUAACAGCGAGCUCGGAGAUGGGGGGAAGGACACGGAUCAGGGCAAGAGUGCAUCGGAGGCCCGUCCUGGUACUCAAAAGCCACUCACGUCCGCCGCGAAGAAGGCAAGUCUGCGUCAGAAGACCUACAACGAGGUUGCAGCGCUCCGCAAGAUCAAAGCUGGCUCCAAUCUCCAGGCUUCGGGUAGCAGCCGCCUUCAAGUCGAACCUGUCUCGCAGCCUGUCGCCACUACGAGCCGUGCGCCUAAGUCGAAGGCCCCCACUCCUUCCACGCCGUUUUUACCGAAUUGGCGUGCGCGUCAACACCAACGGAGAUCAUUGAACGUUGCUUCAUCCUCCGGGAUGGAUGAGCAAGCAGAGUAUAGCGAAGAAGACGACAUAGACGACGAAAACAAAGCCCCACUUGGAGGCUUCACUGACGAGGAUGUGUUCGUCCCGAAGGGGUUAGCACUUCGUGGUAUGCCUCGUCCG